AUGCAGGAGUUUCAUGCCUUCGAGGUGCUGCCCGGCAAGGACCACAAGCUGACGCUUCGGCCGACGUACGGCUUCCACCUCUCUGUUGUCUCCAUUCCGCACGGGGGCAAAGGACGCAGCACGUUCUAUGCGACGGUGAACGGAAAGUCAUUCGCCAUCGCGACACUUGACGCAUCACAGAACAUUCUGCAGGCCUCCGUCGACUUGGUCUUUACCGAGAAGCAGGGGGUUGUCUUCCGUGUGAAGGGAAAUGCCCCGCUUCACUGCUGCGGGUACCAGCAGGAGCUCAGCGCCGACUUCAACGAAGUGGACAUGGACGGCGAGGAGCUAGAAGAGGAAAGGAAAGACCCGACGCAGGCACCGCAGGAUGACGAGGAGGAUGAAAUGAACGACUUGGAGGACGAAGAGAUGGACGACUCUGAUGAGGAGAUGGAUGAUAUUGAUGAUGAGGAGAUGGGUGACGACGAGGAGCUCGAUGAAGAAGAAGAGAUAGACGACGGCGACGACGACGAGGAGCUCGAUGAUGAUGAUGAUGAAGAGAUGGAUGGGGAAGGCAGCAAUGAAGAGAGCAGCGGCGAGGAGAAUGGCGAUGACGAAGGCGACGAAGAAGACGAGGAGGUGGCUGAACCGCCGGCGAAGCGUGCAAACUUGGGCGGCAGCCCCAUCCACCAGCAGCAGCAGCAGCAGAGUCCUCAGGGCCGUCCCAGCCAGCAGAAGCAGCAGCAGCAGAGUCCUCAGGGCCGCCCCAGCCAGCAGAAGCAGCAGCAGAGUCCUCAGGGCCGUCCCAGCCAGCAGAAGCAGCAGCAACAGAGUCCUCAGGGCCGCCCCAGCCAGCAGAAGCAGCAGCAGCAGAGUCCUCAGGGCCGCCCCAGCCAGCAGAAGCAGCAGCAACAGAGUCCUCAGGGCCGUCCCAGCCAGCAGAAGCGUGGUCGUGAGUAG